AUGGCACCGAACUGGACGCACCUCAUCCGUUUUAUCGCCCAGGAAGAUGGCCAGGUCCACCUGGGACAGGUCGACGCAAAGCAAUUUCCCGAUGUCGGGCUGGCCAUGUUGAACGGCGAGGAAGUGACUGCGAAACUGAUCAAAGGCUCGGUUUUUGACGGUGUGGUGACCGAGAAGCUUCUCCAUGUGGCCCAGAUCCUUUCACCCAUCGGAAUGGACGAGGUACCCAUCAUCCGCUGCAUGGGACUCAACUAUCGUGACCAUGCGCGAGAAGCCAACAUGCCGAUCCCAGAUGUGCCUGUCCUGUUCAUCAAGCCCCGGACGGCGCUCAAUGGGCCCUUCCCGGCGAAAAUCAACGUUCCCCAAAUCGCGCAGGACGGGACAAGUGACUACGAGGCCGAACUAUCGGUGGUCCUGUCCAAGACGGGCAGAGAUAUCCCCGAGGAAGAGGCGAUGGACUAUGUCUUAGGGUAUACAGCCAGCAACGAUGUCAGCGCGCGAGCGCAGCAGUUCAAGAACAGUCAAUGGUCUUUCUCCAAAGGCUUUGACGGCUCUUGUCCCAUCGGCCCCGUCCUGGUCUCUCCAUCCGUCAUCACCGACCCGCACCAACUCCAGAUCAGAGCAAUCUACAACGGACAGACCGUGCAGGAUUCCAACACCAGAGAGAUGAUCUUCGACAUCCCCAAAACCAUCUCCUUCCUAUCACAAGGAACGACACUCGAGAAAGGCACGAUCAUCAUGACCGGCACGGGACCGGGCAUCGGAGCGAUGCGGAAUCCCAAAGUGGUUUUGAAGGAUGGCGACGAUAUCCGAGUGGAGAUUGAUCAGAUUGGGACGUUGGUUAAUACCAUCUACUACGAAUAA